AUGCCUCUGCCCGGCCACCUCCUGCCUGCCCUGGUCCUGCUCGUGGCUGGGCCCCCAGCCUGGGCCUGGAUCCCCAACAACUGCAGGGUCCCCCGCGAGGCCACAUGCAACUUCGUGUGUGACUGUCCAGGCUGCUCCGAGGAGACCCAGUGUGGUUACCACGGAGCCUCACCCACCCUGGGCGCCCCCUUCGCCUGCGACUUCGAGCAGGACUCCUGCGGCUGGCAGGACAUCAGCACCUCAGGCUACAGCUGGCUUCGAGACCGGGCGGGAGCUGCCCUGGAGGCUCUGGGGCCGCGCUCAGACCACACUCUCGGCACGGACCUCGGCUGGUACAUGGCUGUUGGCACCCACCGUGGGAAAGAGGCCUCCACCGCAGCCGUGCGCUCCCCAAUCCUGCACAAUGCAGCCCCCACCUGUGAGCUGAGGCUCUGGUACCACGCGGCGUCUGGAGAUGUGGCUGAGCUGCGGCUAGAGCUGACCCACAGGGCCGAGACCUUGACCCUGUGGCAGAGCUCCGGGCCCUGGGGCCCAGGCUGGCAGGAGCUGGUGGUGGCCACUGGCCGUAUCCGGGACGACUUCCGGGUGACCUUCUCUGCCACUCGAAAUGCCACCCACAGGGGCACCGUGGCCUUGGACGACGUGGUCUUCAGGGGCUGUGGGCUGCCCACUCCCCAGGCACACUGCCCCCCGGGGCAUCACCAUUGCCAGAACAUGGCCUGUGUGGAGCCCCACCAGCUAUGUGACGGCGAGGACAACUGUGGGGACGGCUCAGACGAGGACGCACCGGCCUGCCGCCACUACACGGCCACAGACUUUGAGACGGGCCUGGGCCCGUGGAACCACUCGGAGGGCUGGGCCCGGAACCACAGUGCCAGUGCCAGUGCCAGGCCACGAGCCUGGCCGCACCGCGACCACAGCCGGAACAGCGCGCACGGCUCCUUCCUGGUCUCCGUGGCCGAGCCCAGUGCCCCCGCUGUCCUUUCCAGCCCCGAGUUCCAAGCCUCAGGCGCCCACAACUGCUCGUUAAUCUUCUAUCACUACCUGCAUGGGUCCGAGGAUGGCUACCUUCAGCUGUUCCUGCAGACUCGGAGCCCGGGCUCCCCCCAGGACCCCGUCCUGCUGCGCAGGCGCCAUGGGGAGCUGGGGGCCGCCUGGGUCCGAGACAGGGUCGACAUCCAGAGCGAGCACCCCUUCCGGAUCCUGCUCACUGGGCACACGGGCCCGGGCGGCGUCGUGAGCCUGGAUGACCUCAUCCUGUCGGACCACUGCCAGCCAGUGCCAGAGGGGUCCAGCCCACCUGCUGGGCUCUGGGCCCCCGCCCCCCAGCCUCAGGACUUCUGCGAGCCAGGACAUCUUUCCUGUGGGGACCUGUGUGUCCCCCUGGAGCAGCUCUGUGACUUCCAGCAACAGUGCCAGGGGGGCGAGGAUGAGCAGGAAUGUGGCAGCACGGACUUUGAGCCCCCCACGGCCGGGGGCUGGGAGGAUGCCAGCAUGGGGCGGCUGCAGUGGGGGCGUCUCCGCGCCCAAGAGAGCGGAGACCCUGGAUCGGAUGCCAGCGCGGCUGCUGCUGGGCACUUCCUGUCCUUGCAGAGGGCCUGGGGACAGCCGGCGGCGGAGGCCCGGGUCCUCACUCCUCCCCUGGGCCCCUCGGGCCCCCGCUGUGAGCUCCGCAUGGCUUACUAUUUCCACAGUUACCCCCAAGAGGUCUCCUGUAACUUUGAGCGGGACACUUGCGGCUGGCACAGCGGCCACCUCACAGAUGCCCACUGGCGCCGAAUCCAGAGCCGUGGCCCCGGGUACGACCACACCACGGGCCAAGGCUACUUCUUGCUCCUGGACCCCACGGACCCCCCGGCCCGGGGCCCUGGUGCCCACCUGCUCACCCAGCCCCAGGCCCCAGCAGCCCCUCAGGAGUGUCUCUCCUUCUGGUACCACCUCCACGGGCCCCAGAUCGGGACACUGCGCCUGGCAGUGAGGCGAGAAGGAGAGGCAGAAACCAUCCUGUGGUCGCGAACCGGCGCCCACGGCAACCGCUGGCUCGAGGCCUGGGCCACCCUGCACCACCGGCCGGGCUCCGGCGCCAAGUACCAGCUGGUGUUCGAGGGCCUUCGUGACGGCUACCACGGCACCAUGGCGCUGGACGACGUGGCCGUGCGGCCCGGGCCCUGCUGGGCCCCCAGGCGGUGCUCCUUCGAGGACUCGGCCUGUGGCUUCUCCAGUGGGGGCCUAGGCCUCUGGACACGCCAGGCCAAUGCCACGGGCCACGCCUCCUGGGGCCCCCGCACUGACCACACCACAGAGACGGCUCAGGGGCACUACAUGGUGGUGGACACGAGCCCACAGGCCCUGCCCCGUGGCCACGUGGCCUCCCUGACCUCAGAGGAGCACCAGCCUCUGGCCCAGCCUGCCUGCCUGACCUUCUGGUACCACCUGAGCCUCAGAAACCCAGGCACCCUGCAGGUCCACGUGGAGGAGGCCGAGAGGCGUCAGGUGCUCAGCGUCAGUGCCCACGGAGGGUUUGCCUGGCGCCUGGGAAGUGUGGACGUGCAGGCCGAGAGGGCCUGGCGGGUGGUGUUUGAAGCGGUGGCCGCCGGCAUGGAGCACUCCUAUGUUGCGCUGGACGACCUGCUGCUCCAGGACGGGCCCUGCCCCCGGCCAGCUUCCUGUGACUUUGAGGAUGGCCUGUGUGGCUGGAGCCAUCUGCCCUGGCCCGGCCUGGGAGGGUAUAGCUGGGACUGGAGCAGUGGGGCCACACCUUCUCGCUACCCCCAGCCCCCUGUGGACCACACUCUGGGCACAGAAGCAGGCCACUUCGUUCUCUUUGAAACGGGCGUGCUGGGCCCAGGGGGCCGGGCAGCCUGGCUGCGUAGCCAGCCUCUGCCUGCCACCAAGGCCUCCUGCCUCCGCUUCUGGUACCACAUGGGCUUUCCAGAGCACUUCUACAAGGGUGAGCUGAGGGUGCUCCUCAACAGUGAGCGGGGCCAGCUGACCGUGUGGAGCACGGGCGGGCCCCUGCGGCACCAGUGGCUGGAAGGACGGGUGGAGGUGGCCAGUGCCGAGGAAUUCCAGAUCGUGUUUGAAGCCACUCUAAGCGGCCAGCCAGCCCUGGGGCCCAUUGCCCUGGACGACGUGGAGUAUCUGGCCGGGCAGCACUGCUGGCCGCCCGCAUCCAGCCAGGGGGAAACGGCAUUGGCCGCGUCGGUGCCAACCAUGGUCGGGAGCGCCCUCCUUGCCCUCGUCCUCCUGGUGCUGCUUGGACUCGUGGGACGGCACUGGUUGCAGAAGAAGGGGGGCUGCCCAUCCCGGGAUGAGACGGCGGCUGUGGCCCCGGGCUUCGACAACAUUGUCUUCAAUGCGGAUGGCGUCACCCUGCCGGCUUCGCUCUCCGGCCACCAGUAG